AUGACAGUUACGGAUACUCCUAAGAUGCAAAUUGGCAUAUCAUCCAAUUGGUGUAUCCAUUCAAUCCGCACAUCUAACAAUAGAACCACAACAAAGAGCAGCAACGUCGUUAUUGACUACGAGAGGCGUGUCUAUCAACGCUACGCCGAUGGACAAGAGCACUUGUAUCACCGGAUGGUGACCUUUUCGCCUAUCACGGCCCGAUUAAUACACUAUUAUGAGAUCUUUUACUAUUACCAUAUCGAGUGUUGGCAUUUGUUUGUCACUGAACUAGCAUUUAUCGUUUACCAAGAACCUGUACCGCAUCAUCAAGAUCAAAUGCGCCGCUAUCCUUUCCGUUAUGACGAUGGUUAUUUACCGCCGUUCUUGAUCUGGUUACAGAUCCAAGUGCGGUUUGACCUGUUGACAGCUACGAUCGGCAACGAUUAUGCCGAGAAUUUACGAAAGAUCUCCUUCAGACGGAUUCUCGCGCAACUCUAUAACAUUGAUCCAGACCAAGGCUUAGCGGAUCAGCUGUUGGACUUGGAACUGACCAACAGUGAUGCUACCAUCUCUGACAAUCAGACUUGCAGGUACAAAAUAACUCUUUAA